ACAGCGAAGCCAAUCCAAACCAAUCCGGCAUCCACAAACAAGCCCCAUUAGCUAAUCAAUCUAGCUAGCAAUGGAGUACAGGGUGGCUCUGUUCCUGGCCGUGGCCCUGGUGGCCGGCCCCGCCUUCGCCUUCGCCUACGCGCCCGUCACCCCGGCAACCCCGGCCGCCGGGUACCCGAAGGCGUCGACGGACGAGCAGAAGAUGAUCGAGGACAUCAACGCGGGCUUCAAGACCGCCGUGGCCGCCGCCAACGCGGCCCCGCCGGCCGACAAGUACAACACCUUCGAGGCCGCCUUCAAGAAGGCCUCCACCGGCUACAAGGCCGGCGUGAGCGCCAAGCUCGACACGGCUUACCAGGCCGCCUACAAGGCCGCCGACGGCGCCACCCCGGAGGCCAAGUACGACGUCUUCGUGGCCACCCUCACCGAGGCGCUCCGCGUCGUCGCCGGCGCCGUCGAGGCCCACGCCGUCAAGCCCGUCGCCGAGGAGCUCGCCGCCGGCGCCGGCGGCAAGAUGCCCGCCGACGAGCUCAAGAUAGUCGACAAGAUCGACUCCGCGUUCAAGACGGCGUCCACCGCCGCCAACGCCGCCCCCGCCAACGACAAGUUCAACGUGUUCGAGGCCACCUUCAACAAGGCCCUCAAGGAGAGCACCGGCGGCGCCUACGAGAGCUACAAGUUUAUCCCCUCUCUCGAGGCCGCUGUCAAGCAGGCUUACGCUGCCACCAUUGCUGCCGCUCCUGAGGUUAAGUAUGCCGUGUUUGAGGCUGCAUUGACCAAGGCCAUUACUGCCAUGUCCGAGGCGCAGAAGGCCAAGGGCGCCGCCGGGUACGCCGGAGCCGCUGCCGGAGCUGGAGCUACCGUUGCUGCCGGAGCCGGAGCCGCCGUCUCCGCCGGUGGCUACAAAGUUUGAGCUCCGUCGAUUUCGUUGGUAAUUGCUAAAUUUAAUUGGUAAUUAUUCCCCGGUUCAAUGCCCGCCAUGUCUGAAGCGCUUGCAGAAGAAGGUUCGGCGUGCCGAGGAUCUUGAGGGAUAUGGCUCUACUGCAAAAGCCUUUCUGCAUUAGCGUUAAGCCAUGUUUUCGUCAUUCAUGUGCCGUUCAAGAGUCUGUGUUGUUAUAAGUACGGCAAUCUCCUUGACUAUAUAUGUAUGUGAUCAUCUUUGAUUAAUAAAGUAUCUUGCCUUUGAAAAUAAAGAA